UGGAGGUGGAUUCCUGUUUCUGAGACCGUUCUGCUUUUCAUACUCGGUGGUUGGUUGCUAGCUUUCCUCCCACUCUUUCAGUGCGGGCGGGGCUGCUGGUGGGUUCUGGUCGAGCCCCGGCAGGGCUGUGUGCGUCGCGUCCCUCCGAGACGGGCAAUAGUCUGUGCUCUGACAGACGGUGGCCGGCUCCCUCCUCUAAGAGUCUCUUGCUACACGCACCCAAUCGUCAUUUUGUUUGAGACUGGAUUGUGUCAGCCUCGGAGCCUGGCUGCUCGCUCUUGACCAGACCUUGGAGAAUGUGGGGCCGUCAGCUGCUGCGGCUGUUCUCCGGCUCCCGCUGCCGAUCAAAGAAAACUUCCAAGCGCCAGCCUUCACAGCAGCUUAGCUUCAAGCGGAUUCUUGCAAGUUCAACCCGUCAGCAUCACACAGCCCCAGAGUCGCUAAAUUGUGCCUGGCAGCUACACAGCGAUCAUUUAGAACUGAAGUCCGGGGACACCCUCAUGCGCUUUGACUACGUCUGGCUGCGUGACCAUUGCCGCUCCGCAUCCUGCUACAACACCAAGACCAACCAACGCAGCCUGGACACAGCCAGUGUGGAUUUGUGUAUUAGACCUAAGACAGUCCGGGUGGAUGACACCACACUCUUUCUCACCUGGCCAGAUGGCCACGUGACCAGGUAUGGACUGGAAUGGCUGCUGAGGAACAGCUACGAGGGGCAGAAGCAGCAGGUCAUGCAGCCCCGCAUCCUCUGGAAUGCACAGAUCUACCAGGAUGCUGAGGUGCCCUCUGUGGACUGCCAGAGUUUCUUGGAAACCAACGAGGGCCUGAAGGAAUUUUUGCAGAACUUUCUCCUCUAUGGCAUUGCCUUUGUGGAAAAUGUGCCCCCAACCAAAGAAGACACAGAGAUCUUAGCGGAGCGGAUCAGCUUGAUCAGGGAGACGAUCUAUGGCAGGAUGUGGUAUUUCACCUCCGACUUCUCCCGGGGAGACACGGCCUACACUAAGCUGGCUUUGGACCGCCACACGGACACCACCUACUUCCAGGAGCCCUGCGGCAUCCAGGUGUUCCACUGUCUCCGGCAUGAAGGGACAGGUGGUCGGACGCUGCUGGUGGAUGGCUUCUACGCGGCAGAGCAAGUGCUGCAGCAAGCCCCUGACGACUUCCAGCUCCUCACCAGGGUGCCGCUGAAACACGAGUACAUCGAGAACAUCGGGGGUUGCCAUAACCACAUGAUCGGGGUUGGGCCCGUCUUGAAUGUUUAUCCUUGGAACAACGAGCUGUACCUGAUCAGGUACAACAACUAUGACCGAGCUGUGAUAAACACCGUGCCUUACGACACCGUGCAUCGCUGGUAUGCCGCACACCGUACUCUCACCGCCGAACUGAGAAGGCCAGAGAAUGAGCUCUGGGUUAAAUUGAAACCUGGCAAGGCCCUGUUUGUGGAUAACUGGCGGGUGCUGCACGGCCGGGAGUCCUUCACAGGCUACCGCCAGCUCUGCGGCUGCUACCUGACGAGAGAUGACGUGCUGAACACGGCCCGUUUCCUAGGGCUGAAGGCCUAACGUGGUCUGUGGUUUGUAAUAAAGGGGGUCGAGAGCGUUCAGUGAUCCAGGAACAGGGGAGCAUUUUGUAUACCUCAAGAAACCUGCAGAAGGAGGAGAUGUCCCCACAGUAUUACUUGAUUGUCAGCCACUCUCUACAGCUCACUGCCUUGUUUCAUUCUCCCCUGGAACUGAGCGGACCCUCCUGUGCUCCCUGACUGGCUGGCUUUAAAAGCACAACCUGUCAGCUCAGGUGGGGCUGGAAGGAAUAGCCAGCCACAUCGAAGCCUGCCAAAAGCACUCCCAAAUGGCACAUCUAGAGCCUUUUGCUACAGAAACUGGUGAUAGAACUAGCCUUAUCCAAGAGAACUUCUGGACCAUCCCCCCAAAGUGUACCAAGCACGGUCCAGACGGGUUGUCCUGCGAGUGGGGGAGAAUCUCUAAUCUUGAAGAAUGUCGAACUGCAGUCAAACGAGCCUUUCGCGGUCCUUGGAGACGUGCAAAAAUGCCCGAUUGCCCCCCAAAUGCUCUUAUCUGCCUCCUUGUCAAUGUAAGUCAAAAGGGUGCCCAAUGCCAGGGACCGGGAGGUCAUCAACGAAGGCCUGAAGAAACCAAACCCUUCCUUUGAGAUUGGAAAACCUCACCGAACUUGAGUCUGAAACUCUUUUGCCUGUUCAUCUGUUCAGUGAAAUAUGGUCUCCUGUUAAGCUUUUCCAGCUUUUCUCAGUCCUGCCAGGCGCUCGGCAGGAGAACUAAAUGGAAUGUUUCCAUUGGUCGUGAACAUCUCAGUACUUGAGCAACCAGACUGCCUUUACAAGCUGCUGUCCUGCUACCCUUGCUGCACCCCUGAUGAUUUUUUGGGGGGGGGGAGGGAAUUAGGGGGCGUCCUAGAAAAAUCAGUCUCUGGAUAAAGGACUCUGGAGGCAGUUAAGACUCUAGUCGGCUCAGGAUAUCAGCAGCUGCUGUUUACAAGGAAGCAAUUAUCUGUCAUGGAUUGCAACAACAAAAUACUUCAAGAAGCGGCCAGAGACCCUCUUCUCUGUCUCCUUUCCCAAAGGAUGUAGCCGCUUAAAACUACAUCAAUUACAUUGGAUUUGCAACAACCCGUGCAUCGUGAAGAAGUGAUAACACUGAAACUUUCUGUCUGAAUUUGGAUGCAAAGUGCUUUAAGGCUGGCCUGAGACAAUCUCUCGAAACUGGCUCUGUGUGUCCGUGUGAAUUUAGCACCAUGAUGUGUUUGGAGUCAAAUGCCUUGAAAGGAUUUUAAAAGCAUUUUUACAGUGCAAUCCUGAAUGUUGCGGGGGGGAGGGGCUGUGGAUGUACAUCAACCUGCCACUGCAUCAAUGCGGCAUAAUUGAUAUCUCGGCCAGCGUAGGGGCACUUACAGCAGCGUCGGAGAGCUACGUGGCUACUCGACAGCUGCACAGGGGCUUUUCACUUCCCUCAAAGGAAAUGCCUUGUUUUCUUGCAGAACGCACCUGCAGCGGGAAGAGACACAAUAGAACCUGUGGUCUCAAAAGAGGUAGUAAAAAUUUAUCUGUGUCUGGGACAUUAAUGGAGCCUGGCAAGGUAUUGGCUAAUUCCUAGUACCUUGACUGCAUGGAACCCACAUCCUUCCUUAGACUGUGAGGCUAGUGGGAAUCCUCCAGUGGCUGGAGAAGUCACGCCCAGCCCUGUAAGGUCCAAGAUCUAUCAGAGCUGCAGAGUUUGGACACUUCCAAAUGAACCCAGUUAUUGCUAGACUUAACCUUUUGAAAACUUCCAAGAAGACAACUGUUAGCUAACAGAGGUAACCAGGUCUCCAUGUUAUUCAUCAGCUAACAACUGUACACUCCUCUUGAAGAUUUUCUGGUUCUUGGUAGAUUUACUCUGACCCCUUCUGUGCAUGCAGAAUAAUGCACUUUCUUUUCUUUUUCUUUUUUCAAAUAAAGAAUAAUGCACUUUCAAUCCACUUUCAAUGCACUUUGCAGCUGGAUUUAACUGUGCGGAAUAGCAGUAUCUACGUGCAAACAAUUGUGAAAGUGGAUUGAAAGUCCAUUAUUUUGCAUGUGCGGAAGGGACCUCUGUUAUCCCAAAUUAGAAGAACCAGCUAGACUUCUUCGUGAAUGUGUACCAGUGAAUUCUGCAGCUAGAACUUAUUGCUGCAGUAACUUUUAACUGGCUGUUUUGGGUUUUCUGGGCUGUGUGGCUGUGGGCUGGUAGUUUUUGCUUCUAAUGUUUUGCCCACAUCUACGGCUGACAUCUUCACGGCACAGUGAGAGAAAUAUGUCUCGCUAUGACAUCCCUCUAAAAAUCAACCCAAGUUUAAAAAAAGGUAUAGUGUAAACUCAUAAAAUAAACAAACUAUACCUAGAUUACUCAGAAGCACAAUAAGGAGUAAAUGCAUAAAAAACAUUCACAUUUAGAGAAACAGAAGAAGAAGA